AUGGAAGGAAAUUUAGAGCAACUUGUUGCUGCAUUAAACAUAUAUCCUAUAUCUACUGAUGUUCUUCAACAAAUAACGAUGCUUCUUCAAUCAAAAACUGAUGAAGCAUUAUCAUCGUUCAUUUCACAAGAAUAUCAAUCGUUGUUUACGUUGGAACAUAAAAUAUGGCAAUUAUUAAGUGAAGAUUCUAGUCGUUGGUUAAAUGAUUCACACUAUUCAGAAUUUUUUCAAACACUCGGUUCAUUCAAUAAAAGCUUGAUUUUUAAUCAAAAUCAUAUUACAAAUGAAAUUAAAGUUUCACUUAUUAUGCCUGAUACGAUUGACCAAAUUAUUAAUAUAUUCAAGCAAGUCGAACAAAGCAUUGAUGAUAAUGAUCCAUUAAUAACUCUUGCUAGUCUUUGGUUUAAUAAUCUUUCAUUUUUUAUACAUGAAUAUCCUCAAUUAGGACAUUCGUCUAUUAUGAUUCAAAUGAAUCAGUAUAUUGCAGAUCAUUUUAUUCUUACUGAAAAAUUUAAAUUUUAUCUAAAUCAACUACGACAAUCACCAGUAUCACCAUUAAUAUUUACUUCUAGACAACUUUUUUAUAUGAAAACAUGUUCAUUGUCUUUGAGUACCUACUUUUAUAGUAAUCCUUCAAGUUUUGAUUAUACUCCUGAUCAAAUUCUUCAAAAUAUUGGUAAUGAAUAUUUACAAAUAAUACAAAUUCAUAGUUAUACUGCUGAAUUAUGGAGUACAGAAUUACUUACUUGUAUUACUCAUUUAAUUGCUUUUAUGCGUUCAUUUCUUUGGUGGAAUGGAGAACAAGGAACGAAAUUUAAAAUACUUUUAUCAACAGAAAAAAUAUUACAUGAAUAUAUACAUGCAUUAAUUCGUAUUAUUACUUAUGAAGCACAUUCUAGAUUUAUUAUGUCACAAUGGAUCAAUGAUGAAACUAUUCUAAUGGAUUCUACUCUACUUUUCUUAAUAAAUAUAAUACAAACACAUAAUAUCAGUUGGUUUUUUCAUUCGAUGAAUCAAUUAUCAGACACACUUUUGGAAAUAGCUGAAUCAUCGGCAUAUUAUCAAAUAUGCUUAUGUGCUUAUGGAAUAUUAAGUGAAAUUCUUACUGAUGAACAUUUAAAAGCAUUGAAAUUUCCUGAUAAUAUAAGAUAUUUUUUCUUUAAAAUGCUUGAAGAAGCAUGGCAUAAUCCGUCGAAAAAGUAUCACCAAAUACCGAUUACUUAUUUCUUACGAGGUAACUUUAUCAAAUGA